AGAUGAAUGUAAUGUUGACAAUGUAACGCAUUAUAGUGCAUCACAAGAUGGAUCUUCAUUUAUGCCUACCAUUUAUGACUUAAAUAAAGUUUCUGAAGAGAAUUUAGAGGAAAUCGAAAUAAUUAUUUUGAAUUCUCCUCCAAGUGAUGAUGAUAAAAAAAAGAUUUAUGAAAACUAA